UGAGACGGCAUUCUAUACAAUGAGGGAUGAGUAAAUUGGAAUGUCUUGUACCAUUCUGUAAGACUAUCGAAAUGGAAGGUUAUUGCGUAGGUGGUUGAAGCGUUAAGAAUAUCAGGAGGCGGACAGUCAAAAGUUUACAGUAGCCUGCCUGGAAGCCUCCAAACCCCGCUUCAUGUCUCUACCCAAGGCAAAUCCCACCCGAUCAUUCUGGCUCAACCACAAUCCCCUUGAGUCCUAUCGCACGACCAAGGAAUUGCCCACUAAUGCCGACGUGGUCAUUGUAGGACUGGGUCUUACAGGAACCGGAGCUUUGUUCAACCUAUCACGGAAGCAUCCCCAAUUGAAUAUCCUAGCACUGGAAGCAAGAGACCCGGUGAGCGGCGCUACAGGACGGAACGGUGGUCAUUUGACUCCUUUUUCAUUUCGCGGAUUUCGUCAAGAUAGCGAGAUAAUGGGUGAAAAACCCGCUUAUCUAAAGCGUUUGUUGGAGCGUCACAAUGCUGACCAUCUCGUUGGCAUUAUUAAUGAAAAUUCUAUCGCAUGCGACCUCCAAGAAGGAACUGGGAAUCUGCAGUGUUGUGAUGCCCAAGAGUUCGCAGACGCUAAGCUUGAUUUAGCCGCAUUUGAAGUAGCUGAUAAACGUUUCGGUGGAAACUUGCUUGAGGAUGUGGAGAUUUGGGAAAAGGAAACCGUGUUUGAGAAACUGGGCGAUAACAGCGCUGUCGGUGCUCUACUUAUACCCGCGCAUCAGUUAUGGCCGGCUAAACUUUGCUGGGGAUUGCAACAAGAAUUCAUCAAGAAUAAAAAUGUCAACAUUCAAUCUCGUACGCCAGCUACUCGUAUCUAUCAACAAAAGGGUUCCAGUAAAUGGCAGGUGGAGACACCAAGAGGCAGUGUCGUCUGUGACGUUGUUCUUCUUGCUUCCAACGCAUGGGCUGGCCAUUUACUGCCGUCAAAUUUGCAAAAGGCGUUGGUGCCAACUAGAGCACAAGUAAUUGCUUUCCAAAGCGAACAAGAUCACAAAGUGAACGUCAAAGAAUGGACGAGAGGAUUUACCCUUCAUCAUGGGUCGGAAUACAUGAUCAGAAGAGGAAAAGAUGGAGUAUAUGUGAUUGGAGGCGGAAGAGAAGACAUCCCUGGACAGCAGAUGUAUGAAAGUGAUGAUUCCGUUCUCAACAAUCGAGUUGGAGCUGCCUUGCGAUCUGUGAUGAAGUCCAUAUUCCCCGAACUUUUGCCUGAAAGUGAAGACCGCAUUCAAGAGUGGACGGGCAUUAUGUGUUAUACCCUCGAUGGUAAACCCAUUGUCGGUCAAGUCCCUGGUGCACCUGGCCAAUUCGUUGCUAUAGGUUACAAUGGUCACGGCAUGCCAUUUGCCUUCCAAUCUGGUCAGUAUAUUGCAGAGCAGGCUGUUAACUAUCUUCAGCGUAAUGCUUCUAGUGUUGCUGACGAGAAAAUACGCGAGCCGACUCUUGUUCAAGAAGCUUGGCAGCUGUUUGAUCCCAGUCGAUUUGAUGGUGCACUAGCUGAAAAGUUGGAUGGAGGUGUCAGUCUUCCAUCGACCUCCAGGUCGAUGCGCUUAGCUAACACGUUACGACACAAUAGACAUUGGUUGUUGCUAGGUCUUCUUUUCCUGAUCUUUGGCCAGUACGCCCUAUGCUGUAAAUAAGCUUCAGCUAUAUGAACACGCGCUGUAAACACCACCAUCAUUUUGAAUAUCUAUCAAUCAUUGAUUUGCAAUCCGAAAAAUGGAAAUCAGGUGUAUUAAAAAUCUAUGUGAUCAUUGAAUGGUUGUGUUGUGUUUUAUGUAUACAGUAGUUUGCAAUAGGUUGGGUCGCCUUGAUGUAAAGUUUACUUUCUCAUAAGAAGGUAAAUGUUUUCACCGACAGUUAUGUUUUGCAAGUGUCUGAAAUCACCUUCAAGGCACAUCAACAGACCACCGAAGGAAACAUACACAGCACUAGAGGAGAAUGGUGG